AUGACAGGAUCUUGUACAGACCUGUGUAAACAGGUCUCGUUCAUCCUUUGUCGCGAUAGCACCUUCUCCUCAGCGAUGCCGGAGCCAACGGCAGAAGAGGUAGCGGAAGCUUCGGCCAAAAUGGCCGCAGAGUUCGAGACGCAAGCGGCGGACAUGCGGCAAUACUGGGAGCAGUCCCUGGGACGGGACCUUCGCGAAAAGCUCUUGGCGCUCGCUGAGCGGCGGCCUUCGGAUCCCACGAAACUCCUGGGCCAGGCGCUUGCUGGCAAGAAAAGUGUCGGCGAAAUGGCGAGCGCCCCGCAAACGUCUGACCCAGCCCUGAAGUCUGCACCACCACGCGAGUUCUUGAACAACACCGUCGUCCCGCAGUUGGCCUCCGCCCUGGCUGAGGUGAACAACAAGGGCUCCCGUCGCGUUGUCUCAGACCUAGGUGAGUGGUAUGCGCAAUCUUUCCUCUUGCCGAAUAUCGAAAGGGAUGCCUUUCUGGCGGGUCAGCUCGCGAGGAGUUUGACGCAGGGGGCUGAGUUGACUGCGGUCUGCAUGAGACGUCGAUGUUGGAAGCAGCGAAGGGGAAGUAAGGAGGGGCCAGAACCGAUCGGGAACGUCAUGUCACUGAGCUCUACAACACUGCGUACCGUGCGUGAGAGCUUGGGCGAGGCAGGGGCUGAUGGCACCUGGAACACUCCGGCAGAUGGCUCUCUGCCCGAAGAGGUGCGUUUAGGGCAGUUCAUGCGCUCUGGACGGGAUGUGCACCCUGGGUUACCGGUCGCACAGGUGGAAUCUCAGCGGCAGAUGAUCCUGAUCGAGGCAUUGUUCUUUUGGAGGAGAUUGAUCCGGAGCACCUUCUACGAGAGGUUCUCGGCCUGCUUCUUGUGGCUGAUCCCAGGCUCUGCGACAGAACUUUCCCGGGAACUCUGCGGUGGAGUUGACCCGACUGCCUGGAUCUCACCAUCAUGGCGAUCGCGAGGCUACCAUGUUCUUUGUUUGGCCGCUGGCCUUUGCAGCGAAGGCAGUGAUGAGGGCCGGUGUGCUGCCAGCGCUCGUGCACAGGUUUGUUGGUCCGGCUUUCUUGGUGACUGCGAGGAUUUGGAUGACCUUCCACCUGAGCUUGCACAGGAAGGAAAACAAGGACUGGUUGCGCUUCAGAACCUGUUGAUGGCCAAGCGUCCUCCGCUCAAUCAGUGGAGAUACGAUGCUCUCACGAAGGGGCGAGCGAAGCAGAACAAGUUACUGCUCAACGUUGCCGUCUUUGCUGUAGAGGAGAACGGACGGGCACCUCGCCGGCUUGAAUCCCUGGAGGGGGUAUCUGGGAUGAUACUUGUUUUCGAGGGCGGCGUCUUCGUUUGGCCAGGUGUAGAAGUUGGCUUCCGCCGCAAUGUGACCAUCGAGCCCAAGAAGUCGGGAGCGCUCAGCCUGGAGAUAGAGACACGAAGCUUGCAACCCCUGGUGCUCGAAAUAUCAUCAUUCUUGAACGAUGCCGACUGCCAGCAUGUUAUUGACAAGGCACUGCCACAUGUUGAAAAGUCUGCGGUGAAGCACAUGGAUCACGACGUCGGCAAGCCGGACGCGAACUGGCGAACCAGCAGCACCUACUUCAUGCGAUCAGAUGACGACACGCUGCACCGCCUGGACGAUCGCGUGAGUGCUCUGACUCUGAUAAAGAAAUCACAUCAGGAGUACUCCCAGAUCUUGCGCUAUGAGGAAGGAGAGCAGUAUGUUGCGCACCAUGACUACUUCGACCCUGCCAUGUACAAGAGCAACAGAGACAUACAGGACAUGAUCAAGAAGGGUCUAUACAACAGAUUGGCGACGGUGUUUUUCUACCUGUCCGAUGUGGAGGAAGGCGGGCAGACAAACUUUCCACGCGCUGGCGGGCGGCCACAGCCGCGUGACUUCGCGGACUGCUCCAAAGGAGUAUCCGUCUAUCCCAGGCGUGGACGGAUCAUGAUCUUCUACUCAAUGCACCCCUCCGGUGAGAUGGACGAGACAUCCCUCCAUGCCGGUUGCGCGGUGAAGCGCGGGACAAAGUGGUCAGCCAACAAGUGGAUCCUUGGAGACAUUGGAGAUGCGCUGCUGGGCCUGCCCUCUUCGCAUACGAUGCACCUUGGCCACUCCAUUCUGAAGGCGUUUGCUGAUGGAUACUGCGCUACUGACGCCACAAAGCCUCCACAGGCGCAGGAGCUCGUGGUGAACGCUCAGGCGCUCGCUGGAGCUGGUCCAGCUCUUGCACUGCUGGUCAGCGAAAUGCCAGGCUUGCGGUCAUUGCGCCUGCUGACGGCCUCGAACCCGCCGAGGCCAGCACGCCUGCGCCGCGCGAUCUCGCCACAGCAAGCCUGCAGCGGACAGGACUUCGCGCAGCUGACCAGCAUCCAGAUCAGAGGUGGUUUCUCCUUGGACUCGCUGAACCUUGGAGCGAUGUUGUCAAGUGCCAGCAGCUUGCAGGUCCUGGACCUGAGUGGAUCAGAAUUUGGAGAUGCUGAUGCUCAGCUUUUAGCUGCCGCGAAUGUUGGGCCGCUUCCAGAGCUUCACCUCCUGGGCUUCAGGGGCUGCAAGUUGCAGUCACCGGCAGCAGCUGCGGCGCUCGCAAGGGCAGUGAACCACUUCGGAAGCAUCAGGCACAUCCGCAUGCAGGCCAACCGCUGGCGCGUGGAGGCCCACCGCUCCUUUGCAGAGCACCUGCUCGAGUCCAGCGCACAGGCUUUGGUUUCCCUUGAGGCUGGAUAUUCGUCGCACGGGCAGCAGGGGCAGGCCUUGGUAUCUCAGAGUUCGUCACGCACGGCAGACCCCAAUGCAGGCACCCCGGUGGAAUCGUUGGCGGAGGAAUUGGUGGAAGGUGCGGAUGCCCCUGCAUCUGAGUCUCGUUCCGACAAGCUACACUUUCUCGCCCAGUUUGGAGUCGGGCUGUGGUUAUCAGCUGUUGCGUGUAGACUGGCCAGCGGUCUGCAGGAGCUGAGGCUGGAAAAACUGGAUGUUGGAGUGGUGGCCUUGCAAAUCCUGCGAAGGCGGCUCAGGAGCCCGAUGGCCCUUCGAGUGCUUGCUUUCUCAACGGGCUGCACUGGCCUGAGCGAGAAGAAGGCAGGAAUCGAAUUGGCGUGGCUGGUGGCAAGAGUCACCCCGCGUCUUCAACGUUUGGUGUUGGCGGGGUCUGAUGCGUCGCCUUCACUUGUGCAAGGAAUGUUGGAGGCCAUCUCCAGGCGAGGAAUUCAUGAUGCUUUCAUGAAGCCAUUGCCCUGCUCCCUUGCCAAAGAAGCUAGACGACCUGGAAGUAGAGAAGGGUCGUAG